GCGACUCUGCGCGAGCGACCCGCUGCCCCGAGAGCGCCCGCCCGUCCGUCCGUCCGUCGGCCCGCGAGAGCAGGAACGCAAGGAAGGCAGAAGGCGCGACCGAGAGCAUGUCCGAGACGGCGCCCGAAGCCCCCGCGGCCGCUGCGCCGGCAGCCAAGGCGCCGGCCAAGAAAGCCAAGAAGCCCGCGGGCGCCGCCAAGCCGCGCAAGGCCUCCGGGCCCAGCGUCACCGAGCUGCUGACCAAGGCGGUGGCCGCCUCGAAGGAGCGCAACGGCGUGUCCCUGGCCGCGCUGAAGAAGGCGCUGGCGGCGGCCGGCUACGACGUGGAGAAGAACAACAGCCGCAUCAAGCUGGGGCUGAAGAGCCUGGUGAGCAAAGGCACGCUGGUGCAGACCAAGGGCACGGGCGCCUCGGGCUCCUUCAAGCUCAACAAGAAGCAGCAGGAGGGCAAGGACAAGCCUGCCAAGAAGAAGCCGGCCGUCAGGAGCAAGAAGCCCGCCGCCAGGAAGCCGGCCGGCGCCGCCGCCAAGAAGCCCCGGAAGCCGGCCGCCAAGAAGAGCCCCAAGAAGGCGGUCAAGAAGCCGGCCGCGGGGGCCAAGAAGCCGGCCAAGAGCCCCAAGAAGGCCAAGGCGGCCAAGCCCAAGAAGUCAGUCAAGAGCCCCGCCAAGGCGAAGGCGGUAAAGGCGAAGGCAAAGGCCGCGAAGCCCAAGACGCCCAAGGCAAAGGUGGCCAAGCCCAAAAAGGCGGCGGCCAAGAAGAAGUGAAGCAGCUUCUGCGACUUUUCGAUCCCAAAGGCUCUUUUAAGAGCCACCCACUCUCUCAUCUGGAAAGGGCUGGCUUCAUUAUUUGAUUCCCGGCGGUCGCUAUGAUUAAGUCAAUCCUCUUUUCAAUGGGGAGACACUUAAGUACGUCCGAAGUGCCUGCUUGAAAUCGUUACACAAGGAGUCGUGGAGGCUGAAAGAAAACUUGGUGGGUGUGGGUGGGGGAGCUUCCUAGCGACUGGCUUCUCAAAGCGUAGGUAAGUGCAAAAACACUGGGCGGCCUCGUGUAUUAUAAAGGUUGCACAGUGAAUUUUAGGUAGCGCCAUAUUCUCCCGCAAAACCAGAGCGGGAGCGAUGCUCUUCAUUCUUGCGGCCACUCUUGCUGCUUCCCGGACAUCCCUCCCUGGAUUUAUGGGCACGGACAAUCGCAUUCUGUAUGUUCUUUCACGAUAGUGGUGGAAGAACCCAGCAAACUACUAAAAUGAAUGAAUGUAGACGUCGUGCACAUUUAUUGCUGAUUGGUUGAGAAAACCAUGAUUCAUUAAAAAGUAACCCGGGCUGCACAGGGAUUGGGCGGUGACUUCAUUUCCAACCAAUCAUGGCUAGCUUAGGGGCUGCGCACAGUGAUGAUCUAAUUGCAAUGCUGCUUUCCCCGAUACUUCGUUACAAUGUAACGAAGGGAGGUGAAAGUGGUUGGUGUUGCUGAUACGUGUACUCCAGUUUUAGGAACAGAUCAUGAGAAUACAUUAUUUAAUAUUGUAGUUAUCCAAGUAUGCCACCAAUAAUUCCACAUGCAAUUAUAAGGACCGUUCAUGUCUCAGGAGAGAAACUGAGGCAUCCUGACGUCUAGGGAAGAAAAAAAUGCAUAUUAAACACCACUGAAGAACUAUUUCAUAUCACAGAAUGGAUCUUUUUUGCGAGGAUGUUUUUUAAAGAAAAAGGCAUUGUCCCUUACACCGAAAUCAAACGUUGGAAUCGAGUAUUGAGAGCGGAAAGAAAUACUAGACGCUGAAGUAAAUAAAAGCUAGUAUGCUUUUAAAAUAUUCCUUGGUAAAUGGCUUUGUUACGAUUGUUCCAAAUCACAGCUCAGAAUUUUUUGUGGUGCAUUCAAUUUCAAAAAUAUUCGUAACUUUUUUUUUGUAAAGAAAAUAUACCAACUUGCAUAUGAAUUUACAGUACUUCGUAAGCGUCAAAAGAAAAGUUGCGCCUUUGUAACGCAUUUCUUUUUCAAUAAAGAACCUGAUUGGUCACAUUCCAGUUCCUGGUUGAUUUAUUAAUGGAAAAGCCCGCCUCCUACGAUUCAUAUAGUCCAGGAGGGAUGGGCCGAAAGCAGUGUACGCCCCCUCUUGAAG